AUGCCACACAAGGAUUCAAGCUUCAUAUCGCGUCUCCCCGUCGAGCUGCUCCUAGCGGUGAAGGAGUCUAUUGGCGACUGCGACCUCCGUACUCAUGUCUGUUUUUAUAACACCUGCCGCCGGGUUGCCGCGUUAUAUGACCGUGACGGAGAAAAUAUCUGGGAGUUGCUCUGUCGUCACGUUGGAUUAGGCCUCCUUCACGAGGAGACACGUCAUAGGGAGGAAAUAUCAUGGAAGAAAAUUGCCUUCGACUGCAUCGCCGAGGAUGGCUUUUGCUCCCAUCCGUUGUGUGGGACUCGCCGUCUUACCGAGAACGCACGAAGCAUGCAAGAGGCUAUCCGUAAAUGGGGGAUGAAAUUCCUUGACAGCGGCAAAGCGUACAAGCCGGACAGUCGUCUCCAGGGCGUUAUCAUCAAUCCGGUUUUCGAGCAUAUCGGCUUCCAACUGGGACACCCUCUGCAGAUGCAGUUUCCGACGGAAGAUGAUGCGUUCCUACAUUGCGAUGACAUUCCAGGAUACCCUCAGGCUCGCCGGACGCUCUGCAAACACCCGAUUGCGUAUCGCAGUUUUGCGACGUUCCCGCCGCUCCGUUGGAUGACGCUGCUCAUCAGCCCAGCACUGGAAUACGACCUCCUGAACCAUUCUGGAGUCACUGUCUACGAUAUUGAACUUGACCUUCGCGCAGAUCUCGACCGCUCACUCACGGUAAUUGACUUGCAGGAACUGCUAGAGGGGACGUUCAGGCACGAUAUAUUCAUGCCCGAGGCGAAUGGGAUGGAAAUUCUGAACUACACGACCGUUCGUAAGCUCUGGGAGAUUUCCCGCUGGGACGGAUUCGAGCAGGAUGAUGAGGAUCCGUACCAAUUUUGGGCCAAGUUUUCUCCGCUAGAUGACGCUACAGAUGACGAAGAGGCACAGUCAGAUGCCGACGCGGCUUAA